GUUGCCUGUAAUAGGCUAAUAGCGGGAAUUUAUUGCUUUUGCUUUCUUGUGAUUUUGAUUCCUUUCUUUCUCAAGCAUAAUUCAGAGAAAGGACAGAGAAAUGAUCAUUUACACUCUUUAGAAGUUAGUUUUAUUAAUCAAAUUACUCGGAAUUUUCCCCAAAAAUCUGAACAGUGAACACUAUUGUCACUGCUCAGUUUACCAAGAGACAAAGCAUCAGACCAGCUGUUGUUCAUCUGUGAAGCCCAAUUCCCUGCCAUUUUAGAGCAAUAUGGCCGCAUUGAAUCCACUCUUUAGCCAGCUUCAGGUUUAAAUCUUUCGAUUCCCGCACCUCUUGAUUUCAUUAUGUUUUUUUUUUUUUGGCUUUGUUUGUUGUGAAUGGAGGAGGGCUCUUGAAUCGAUCAAAUUGCUGAACUCCGUGUUUUUGUGGGUGUAGACGGCAGAACCCUUUUUCGUACUUGCCGGACCCAACGUGAUUGAAUCAGAGGAGCACAUUUUCUACAUGGCCAAGCACAUUAAGGCCAUUACUUCCAGAUUGGGAGUGCCACUGGUGUUUAAGUCCAGCUUCGACAAAGCUAACCGGACUUCCUCUAAAUCAUUCCGUGGCCCUGGAUUGACUGAAGGCUUGAGGAUACUUGAAAAGGUGAAACUAGCAUAUGACAUUCCAAUAGUUACUGAUGUACAUGAGACAAUACAGUGUGAAGCAGUUGGAAAGGUUGCGGACAUAAUUCAGAUUCCUGCUUUUCUUUGUCGUCAGACGGAUCUCCUAGUUGCCGCUGCCCAGACAGGGAAAAUCAUCAACAUUAAGAAAGGACAAUUCUGUGCUCCUUCUGUCAUGGUAAAUUCUGCUGAAAAAGUUAGGUUGGCUGGAAAUCCAAAUGUCAUGGUCUGUGAGAGAGGAACAAUGUUUGGAUAUAAUGAUUUGAUCGUUGAUCCCCGCAACUUUGAAUGGAUGAGGGAAGCCAAUUGUCCAGUGGUAGCUGACAUAACACAUUCACUACAACAACCUGCUGGGAGAAAGCUAGAAGGAGGUGGUGUUGCUAGUGGUGGUCUCCGAGAAUUGAUACCUUGCAUUGCUAGAACCGCGGUUGCUGUUGGUGUGGAUGGCAUUUUUAUGGAGGUGCAUAAUGACCCCUUAAAUGCUCCAGUUGAUGGUCCAACACAAUGGCCACUUCGACACUUUGAGGAACUGUUGGAAGAGCUUAUUUCUAUUGCUAAGGUUAGCAAGGGGAAGCAACAAUUUAAAAUUGAUCUCACUCGGUUCGAAGAUUGAAGAUGCUUCAGAAACCCUUUCCAGGCUGAAUGUGCAACGGCAUCUUAUUUUGUGGCGCAUGUUUCUGAUGAAUACAGAAGUUUGGACAGCACAGUGCGAUAAUCUGAAUGCUUCAUUUACUCAAGGGUCACACAUAGGGAGGAGAGGCGUGUCAUUCAUCUCCAGGUGGUCUGCACUAUAUUCUCUAGUCUAGCUAAAAACAGGAUGUUUUCUUCUUUUUUAAUUUUGAAGGUAAUGUGUGAGCCUUCGUUUUCCUUAUUUUUCCUUUUUUAAAACAACGCUUAAGUGUACACUGUAUACUGUACUUUGUCAUUCAUAAGUAUUCAACGUGUGAUUUUACCCUUGUCAUUCUGUGAACACAGGUUCAUUGGAAUGAAUGUGAAUAUUUUACCCAUCUCAAUGAUUUUGACCGCACUUCCUAUUUCCGUC